AUGGGUGGCUCUUACCGGCUGGUGCUGGCAGUCCUUGUGGUAUUCGCAACAGCGGGGUUGUCCUUGGCAUGCGCCGGGGACAACCCUGUUCCGUUGACUGAUAUUCCUGAGGCUGAGUCAACCCCGACGGGGCGACCGAUGACCUUGCCCACGUCGGAUGUAUCUGAUUCGGCGCCCGAGGAGACUGCCGCGACCUCGGCCAGUCCGGAGCCGACGGCUGCACCUUUCUCGACUACGAGUGCCGAAGGAGCCGCUAAGUCGGUGACGCCGGAACAGGACGAGUCAGGUGAUGGUUCGCUGAGAGUCAUUGGGUCGUGGUCGGCGGCGAUCCCUUCAUCCUCAGGCUCCUCGACGCUUCUGUUUGGCAAUUCUUCGCCUUCACGGUUGUCUCCCCAAUCGGUACCUAUACAGGGAGGGCUGACGGUGUCGGCCAUGGGAUCAGUGACCGUGGCGGCAGAUGAGGCCUACGUGGUGAUAGUGCCGGAGCAACGGUACGGUCCUUCCGGUCCCGAGCAGAUGACGGAUGACGACCGCCAAGAUAUUCGGGACGCCCUGGGCGAAUUAGGGGUGUCCGAGGAAGACAUCGAGUUCUCCGUGGUGGCCACAUAUGGUCCCACCUCCAUUUCGGUAGAGGUGGAACUGGACCAACUGGGUGAACAAAAGCAACCUAUCAUCGACGCCGUAGAGGAAGUCAUCCGGCGCUCGGAAUCCUACGGUAUCAUUUAUGCAUUGUCGGAAGAAAACUGCGAAGGUGCCCUCUCGCUGGCACGUCGGGAAGCCAUUCCGGCCGCGGAAAGGGCGGCGGAUGAUCUGUCCGAGGCCCUCGGCGUGGAGCGCGGAGGCGUGACAGGAGCGGUGGAAUACCCCGUUGGGACCGUGGCCUACGGAUUUGGGUCGCCGGCCCACCCGACCUGCGGAGGUCAAUUUCCGGCUCCGUUUCCCGGACUCAAGCCGUUCGACGCGGAUUCGGAGGUCGAGGUAUCCGUAGGGCUGCAGAUCACAUACGGCAUCAAGUAG